UGGAGCGGGCGGGGUGGGUGUGGCCCGCCGGGCGAGCGGAGCUCGAGUCCGGUCCGGGUAGUCUCCCGCAGCCUGGCAGCCAUGGGCGCCGUUUGGUCCGCCCUACUGGUCGGAGGGGGUCUGGCCGGAGCCCUUCUCCUUUGGCUGCUGCGAGGUGACCCAGGGGAUCCGGGAAAAGACCCGGACGCCCAGCCGCAGAAGGUCGCCCCUCCGGGGGAGGCUGCGGUUCCUGGAAGCGAGCAGGGUGGUGGCGGCGGCGUUCUGGGCCCUGGACCUUCCAAGCGCGAUCUGGCCACCAAACCAGAGCAUCUUCAAGAAAGCAAUGGACAUUUGAUUUCUGAGACCAAAGGCCUUGGUACCCUGCAGGAAGCACAGAGACUGCAGAAUCCUGGAGCAGACUGGGGCAAUGUUCCCACUGGACAGAUCCCAGACACACGCUCCAGGGCUGACUCUGAAGUGUCAAGAAACACAAGCCUUGACUCUCAUGUAGAAUGGAGAAUCCCUAAAGCAGCUGCAAGUAUGGCCGAGAAGUUUUCCUCCAGCAACCUGCUUGUGGACAGAGCUAAAGAAGCCAGUCUUGCACAGAUGGACAGUCAGGACCCAGCUGGCCAUGAGGACUGGGAAGUGGUAUCUAGGCACUCAUCUUGGGGAGACGUUGGUUUGGGUGGAAGUCUUGAGGUUUCUGGGUUCAGCAUAAGUCAGGGAAUGGACUAUGGCAGAAAUACUCUUGUGGGAGCAAGAGGCCAGGAAGCAGGUGGGAAAGUAAUGUCUCCAGAGCCUCAGCAAGUUCGCAUCCAGUUCCAAGUGCACUAUACCACAAGCACUAAGGUGCAGUUCAUUGCAGUAACUGGAGACCAUGAGAGUCUUGGGAGCUGGAACACAUACAUCCCACUCCAUUAUUGCAAGGAUGGGCUUUGGUCUCUUUCUGUCUUCCUGCCGGCAGACACAGUGGUGGAGUGGAAGUUUGUGUUGGUAGAGAAUGGGGAAGUUACUCGCUGGGAAGAAUGCAGCAAUCGACUUCUACAGACAGGCCAUGAGGAUAAAGUGGUUCAAGGGUGGUGGGGGAUUCAUUGAUUCAGUUGGCAAAGCAUCGGAGUGGCUACAGCAGAAUGCAGGCGAGGCUAAGGUGGUGGAGCACGCUGCAUAAUUUAAAGGUGGCGUAAUUCCAAUUUUAGCCAUCAGCUGUUUCAGAUUUGCUAGUGUGGCUUUUGUCUAAUGUACAGGAAUGUGCGUAUGCAGAUAAUGCUUCUGGGAAGAAAGGAAUUCUUUCCCUUGUGGCACUGACUGAUUUGUGCUGAUACUGUGUUACUGCAGGGAUUGAACUUCUUGGGUAGUUAUUUGGACUUUGGGCGAGGAGUAGAGAAACUAACCAGUCGCACAAGUACAAGGUAAGAGCCCUUAGGAGCUCCUUAGAUUGAGGGAGUAAAAUAAACUUCAUUAAAAAGUUAAAGCGAUACUGUUUACGUUUUAAAAUAACACCGUGUGGAACUGUGACUGGAAAAUAUCUGGCCACUAGAUGUGACCAGUAAGGAUUGAGGUGAAGUUCUAAGACGCCCAUUAGUUUUUGUUAGAUUUUAAUUGCUGAGUAUAGAUAGGAUAUUAGUUAGCAAGGCUCUCGGUCUUAAUGGCUUAAGGCUGGUGUGGAAACAAUGGGCUUAAUUGGAGUUGGUCAUCAAGCCAGCAGCCCCUAAGGAAAGGGAGUCUGAGUGGGGCUGGGGUGUGGGCUGGUGAGGUAGUCUAAGGGAUACUGCUCUGAGGGCUAGGAAUUCCAAGUCCAGUCUAGCUCUGCUAAGGGAUGCACCCAUCCUUUACCCACAGAGCCCUUAGAGGACAUAGGACCCUCUCUGCUCACUGUCCCACCCCACUCCCACCAGAUAUUAACAGAGGGACUGUCCCAUAACAGCCUUUUCCAUCUGAAAAUCCUCUCCCCUCUCUUUUCCUACCAGUAGCUAUUUGUGGGUGACAAAUCUAUGUAGGCCUGUGAUGCAGAAGUGUAUCUUUGCUCUGAGAUAAACACUUAAAAGUCAUAACUGAAUAAUAAAACCUGAGUUUUAAUAUCUUCA